CUGACAGUACAAGUACAUACGCCUCCAUAAUUAAAUCUAAUGGCAGAAUGAAAAUAUUGUUUAUUUGUUUGAAAGCCGGUUAUUGUAUCUUAAAUAAAUAAAUAAAGUGUCUUAAUAGACGUUCAAAGAAAUUCUUUAAUAAUGGCCAGUCAAACAUCUGAUCAUGAUUUGUUUUUUGAACAAUUAUUAUUAGAAGAUGAAACUUACAGUAUGCCUUUACCGGAUAUAGAAGCUAAUCCACAGCUUUUAAUUUCAAAGGUCCGGAAAUACUACAUGGAGUAUAUCAUAAGACUCCUUUCAACAAACUAUGAAACACAUCAAAAGUUGGUAAACAAAAACAUAUAUCUUCCCAGUGCCAUAUGGCGAUGUGCUAAAAAAUUAGAAGUGACUGCAGCACAGGCUUGUAUGGUGGUACAAAUAUACCGGAAAAAUAUUGUAUCAGUGAUAGAAGAGGUAAAAAGAGAUACUAAAAAAGGAAAAUUAAAUAAAAAUUUAUAUAACUGUCUAAAUAAACCACCAGAAAACAGUAAGAAAACUCAAACACCAAGCACAUUCAUCAAUCACAAUUGUCAAUGUGCACAUAGUAAACGUAAGAGACAUGGAAUGUCAGAAUCACCAAAGAAUGUUGAAAAGCAAAUGCCUAAUUUGAUUAGUGAUAAAGCCACAAGUAAUGAUGAUUUAAGUAUGUCAACUGCAACUUAUGUGUUAAAUAAUACUCCUCACCGACCAAUUUGUCCAAUACCUACCGAAAGUGAAACAGUAACUCAAGUUACCAGUUCCACAUCAAUGUCCAGCAUACCCAGUAAAAGAAUUUCAGUUGAAUCACAGGAUUCUGACGAGUUAAUGAUGCAGUUAGAGAAACUCUUCCACGGAGACACCAAUGAUGAUAAUGACUUAUUUGAUGGUGCACUUUUAUAUGAAAAUAAAACAGAGACAAUUCAAGAUGAACAUGUUAAAAUAAAUUGUAAUGUAGUGGAUAAUAGUCUUAAUAAUAAUUACAACAACCAAGAUUCCAUUAUAGAAAAUCAUGCUGCCCAAAUCAAAUCUUUAGAUGAGAGACUUGCUAGCUUAGCAGGAUUAUUGGUAGCAAAUGAUCUUCCAGCACAAAAAACUGAAGUACAAAAACAGAGGAGAAGAGUCUCAAGCAAAUGGUUAUGUGAAGAAUAUUUUUUAAAACAGAAGUUACAUGACUUGUUAGACCAAAUAGGUGAUAGAGAUAGAAAAGAACUAGAAAAGUUAAAACAAAAAUUUGAGCAAUUAUUUGGGGCUGAUAGUGAUGAUGAAGAAAUUUUGUCUCCUUUAGAUGAGACCAAUGAGUUUAUCAUUAGUUGUAAAGAGAGAAUUGCACCAUGGGUUGUGAAGCUGUUAACACCAUAUUAUGUAAAGGGUCAAAUUAAGGGCAAAUUAAUAUUCAAGGCCUUGGCUAAACAUUUGAUAAGACUUAUUUAUCAGUGUAGCCGAUAUCCAGAACAGUAUGAGGUGAACAGUUUUGUGUCAGACUUCUUGAAGAACCACAAAACAAUAAGGUGUGAGGCAGAUUUCAAAGAAUUCAGGAUUGAAAAUAUAUAAGUGUAUUUUUGUACAUAUCUUGGGUUACUCUGUACAAUGGAGUACUAUGUGGCCUACAUGUAUUGAUGUGCUCCUAAAUGGACAAUAUUUUCUGCAAAUGUGGAUGCUAACAUUACAAACAAUACUUACCAAUCUAUACAAUAUUACUGUUAUAACCUGUCAGUUUAUUCAAGCUAGCUAUGGUUGUGGAAUUUGUUGCCAAAAGUGCAAUCAUGUGUUACAGAAUAAUAUGACCUAUUUAUGAGCACUUUAAUUAAAAAAAAAA